AUGAUGCAGCAAAGCCAAACUAACGAAUUGCUUACUCCACGUAAAAGUACAAAGGAACCUCCAGACGAUAGCACAUGCAAAGAAAGGAAAAUAAUUAGAAACAUAAAAAGUAUGUCUCGCACACAUUCUAUCAACUACGAGAGUUUGAAGCGGAAGAUCAAAAUUAACCUGAACAGUCAUGCGAAAUUGGUCAAAAAUUGUGCAAGGAAAAAUGACACCCAUGGUGAACACUUACCUACAAUAAAGCACAUCGCACAUAAAGAAGAGAAAACAAAAGAGACUACUAACGAUAAUAAAAGCAAGCAAGGUAAAGGGAAAAAUUUGUUUGGUAAAAUUAAAACGUGUGGUGCAAAACGAAUUCAACAAACGAAUCAGUCGAAUGGAGAGGAGCGCAACGACAUGAAUUCACCGUGCGUUGAUGCACAAGGAAGAAACAGCUGUGUAAAACGAUCUGACACAAAUCAUGCAAAACUUAAAAACAUGAGACAGCUGCACGUCGAUCUGCAGUUGUUCCUCAGAAAUGCGCAGUACCUUAACGAUGCCCUCGUCAAAAGAGACACUCUCCAAUCCAAUCAAAUUAAAAAGGAAAAUUUAAAAACGAGCAAACAAAAGGUAGACAAAAGAGAUAUGGAUUUGCCUGACUGUGCAGGCGAUGCGGUCAGAGAACUCGUAAAGAACGAACAAUUUACACGUAAAGGAGAAAUGGGCACAGAAGAACCACAUAAUGACACUCACCAGCAGUGCGAUCAAAGUUUUACGCAGGGCAAGGCGCAUAAUGUUGAAGUACAGCGAAGGGAUCCUCAAACUAACUCCUCAACUGGUUGCUACCAACUUAGGCAUACCACUGCGAAGGGUAGCCAUUGUGACGCUGUGAAUAAACACAAUUUGUGUCUCGUGGGUACGCAAAAAAGGAGGGAAAAGAAGUGCAGGCAAAGGGACAAGAAUCGCAACAGGCGCACUCCCAGCAGUGGCAGUGAUGGCAAUAACAUUGGAGGCGCUGUGCAUGUAAGGAAAAGAAUGAAACGGAAUGUUCAUCCGGAAGGGCCACUCGAACAAAAUGAUGAGCACACGUUCAACGAGAGCGCGAGCGGCAAUACAGGUAACAGCAACGACGCGCAUGACGGAGACGGCAGAGGCAUCCCCGGGAAUCCCCCCUAUGACCACGUGGACAACAUCAUUGACAGAGUCAACCUAAACGGAACGCAACCUCGUGCAGAGGAGAGUAGCACCAAAAGAGGAGACCCCUCGAAAAAAAAAAAAAAAAACUUCAGCCUUCACACCAAACGUGUCCACAAUAUAAAGGACAUAAUAGACAGAAACGUUUUAACAAAUUUUAUUAAGUGCGUUAAUAAGCAAUACAUGAAUGGUAAAAAAAAUGAGUCCAAUCAAGUUCCUGCACAGGAUGGAAAUGCAAAGAAGGUAAAAAGAAAAUUAUUCCCUCUGUGCACUCCUGCCUGUUCGAAAAGGGGAGUCACUUGUGGAAGUAAAGCAGUAGAUCGGCGUGAGGAAAACAAGGAUGAUCAAGAUCAUGUCCAUGUUGAGAAGGGUCUGCAAGAUGCGCAAUGUGCUGAGGAGAAGCAACAUCAUGAAGGGAAGACCAAUGUGCACGUCGCCCCGUAUGACCGCCUCCACAGCGCUGAAAGGGACAAGCGAAAGAAGCCACACAAAAGAGACGCCACAAAUCAGGUUAGCUUGAACAAGGCAAAAGGUGAUACACAAGCAGAGUCCAAUAAUAAAGACCCCUCAAAAUGUGGGCCAAACAUCUUCGCAAAUUUUCCCAUCACAUCUGCCGGUAGCGAAAAGGAGAUAGGCAAUGUGGUGAAAAGGAAUUCACAAGGACAAACUAAGUCGAUCAAGUUGAGCAGCUUUGAAAAUCAACCUGCUGGACAUUCCAGAGGAGGCUACAAUCAUGACCAUGUGACAUAUGAAAAAGGGAACCCUUGUAAGGAAGCUAUUGCGGAAAGGGAGCAAGAAAAUAAUAACAUGGCAACGGAAAAGCUAAACCACAAUUUAGCCUUUAACGAAAUUCACGAUGAUGAGUCCUCUGCUCUUAUUAACAAGUACCACGGGCUUCUUCUUCAAAAUUUGUCCAAGCCCCCCCAUGUAGAUGAGACACAAUUUGAAAAAUGCAAGUAUUGCGUUUUGCACAUUUUGAACCAGCAUAGGGAGGAAGACGGGGGCCAUCCAAAUGGCACCCAAAAUGAUAGUCUUCUUUGUAAUGACGACGGAGGCGCUGAGGAGGGGAAGCAACAUGGGCUACAGAACGGGGAGCAAGUCACUGCCAACACCGCAGCCACCAAGGCAGGCAUCUACCAAGACAUCGCACACAUAGGCGACCUGACCAAGACCUUCAAGGGCAAUUAUGAAUCAUUGAAAAAUUACCUGAACAAUUUAAACAAGAAAAAAAAAAACGUGCAAGAUUAUCUCCUCAACCUUUAUUGUUAUGCCUACAUCAGGCAAUGUGCUGUGAGUAACGAAAAGGUAGCGGAUGGGCAAAACACCGCUCCUACCAAGGAAGAAGAAAAUGAAGAAAAUGAGGGGGAAACCAACGAAAAAACUAUUCACAACCAUAUGAACAAUAAUUACGGUAAAGAUAACGGCGACUCCGCGACUAGACAUUUUGUGAAAGCCAUAAAUGAGAAGGCUAACACGCAGGAAAAGGGAAUAAACAGUACCUCCAAUUUGUUAAAUGAUGGGCGGAAAAUACCCAAUGGAGCCCCCAGCAACGGAAGUAGCUACAGCGUUGCUAGGGACGUCUCCGCAAAUGGUAAUAAAAAGCCAAUGUGCAGAAGCGCGACGAAGGAGGAUAGUAGGACGGAACAUAUGACAGACAUCAACCCACUCCACGUUAAAAACAAACAUGGUGUGCAUGCACAAAAUGGCGAAAUUAAAAAAAUUCUGUGCAGGUAUUACAAUUAUUUAAAAUUGAAGAAUUACAUCAUCCCUUAUAACAUGUAUAACCAUUCCAUGGGGGUGACCAAGAAGGAGAGCAACUCCAGUGGGGGUGGAGCAAACGAUAAGAGCAAUGAUCAAGGGAGACAGAACAGCACGAAUGGAAUGCUGGAAGAGGACCUCAUAAACAUAUCGUACAAUUUCAUCACAGAACAUAGAGGUCCAAAUAAAACCCUAACCUAUGACCACUUUUGCAAUUUUCACAGAAGAGAAUUUUUUAAAAAAAGGACACACAAUAUUUUAAAUAAAACAGAUGAAGCUGCAACGAAAAAAGGAGAUGAACCGAAUGUAUCGCAAAACCAUUACGACCCCCGCUUAAUGCAAAGUUACACUUAUGAUGGUCAUCACAGCAUGAACACUUACAAGAAGAAAAAUAAUGGAAACCAUUUUUACCUGUUCAAAUAUUUAAUAGAAAAUAUGAACCGAGAAGAACUUCAAAAACUGAUGCUCUGCCAAUGCUGUUAUGUGCUAAAAAAAAUUGAAAAUAAAAUGACCCCCCUGGAUGUAAUUCUAGAUACACAAAUUUUGUUUCAUGAUUGUAACAGGUACUUUAAAAAUCAGGGGUGGGUAGAUAAUAAUGGAAUUCCUGAAGACAGGACAAAGUUAGAGUCGCACAACUUGGAGAAGGGCACUCGUGCAGAUAGCAGAACUAACGUUGGUGAUAAUAGCCAUAUGAAUCCCCUGCAUAGAAACGCACUUGCAAAAUUACACAACGGGGUGGGUUUGAAUGGGGGCAAAACUCAGAACAAGACAGCGGCCCCCACGCGCUGUAACCCCUCCAAGGGUAUCCAUCAUGCCAAUAGCAGCAGUAGAAGUAAUAGAAGCAGCGUCCACAUUUACAAUUUUGAAAAUCAUGAAGUGUCUAUGACCUCUACGACGGCCUCCAUGAGCUGGCAAGGAAAAGGACUCGCAAAUGAAAAGAAUAGAAGUGAACGGAAAUGGAAUGAACAGUGCAAAAGGAAAAAUGACAAAGGGAGAAAUAAUCAUAUAGCUGGAAAAGCAGAAAAGGAAAAUAAAGAAAAAGUACAGAGGUACCAAAAGGCAAGAGGUAGCAUAGACCGCACCAAGUUCGAAAGCGCAUUAUUUAAAUUGGCCAGCCGCAAAUUGAGGGGUCUGCAGAGUCAGGGGAAAAACAUAUACAUCAGGGGAAAACGGAUGGCCGACGCCACGCAGACAACAGUAACACCCGAGUGA